AUGCGAAUACAUUACCGUUUUACGGAACAAUUCGCCGCACAGAUUCCACAUACCAACCUGGAGAACCAGGCGACUGUGUUCGUCAGACCUCUAACCAUUGACCAACCUGGUACAGGAGACCGAGUGUCACACAGACACCUCCCAGUCACGGAGGUACACAAACCGUCACAUAACGGUAACGCCCAGUCUCUUCCUGACGGAAUUCGGUGCAGAGUACGCAAGUUGAAAGCUACAUUGUUACUGUCUGCAACCAUUCAACAUGCGGAGCUCUCCGCUUGUGGAACGGUGCAGCCAACAAGAUCCGAGCAUCGGUUCUCGGGUGAUGGCUCAGUGGUAAGAGCGCGAAUUUACUGGCCGAAAGGUGUUCGAUUCGAAGCUGACCUCUGCCCCUCGAUUUCCCCUGUCUACGCUUGGGCAACCUGGCAGUAUCCCAGCACUCGUGCAUCCUUCUGUCGGCCGCUCGACGAGUUUGUCGGCAAACGGGCUCGUUUUAGUUUGCCGACAGAUGACAGCCUUCAUGGUAGACUUGUGGCCAAUCUUAUCUAUUAUCAAACAAAUUACUUUUGGAUAUUUUGCAUCAUAUUUGUUUCUCUCAGUUUGAUUAACCCUUCAGCCGUACUUAUCGGGAUAGUUUUCACAUGCUUUCCCCUUGCUCUCCUGUUGCUGUCGGAUAUUAUACCAGAACAUGCGGCCAACCCCAAGUUUGCCGUACCUAUAGGUUUGGUGGGAGCUGCCGCUCUAAUAUACUUUAUGCGUGACCUAUUAUCGUUCAUUGCUGUUGUGCUGCUACCUAGUCUGAUCGUUUUGUUGCACGCGUUGCUUAGACAGCGCAACAUCAAAACGAAGAUUACCAAAUUUGUGGAUUCCCAUGUGCCAGCUGAAAAGAAAACUCCGAUGGGUUAUUUUUUGGGACUGAUUGGAGUGAAUUCUGGUCUUUUUGAAGCAGAACUUUCUUGA